AUGGAACAACAAGAUUUUGCAAUUGAUGAUAUUUAUGACCAAUUAACAAAAGCAACAUAUUUUACAAAAUUUGAUUUCAAAGCAGGUUAUUUUCAAGUACCAUUAGAUAAAUCAGAUCGACCAAAAACAGCAUUUUCAACUCGAGAUGGACAUUUUCAAUUUAAAGUAUUACCGCAAGGUCUUACUAAUGGACCACCAACAUUCCAACGUAUUGUUAAUCAAAUAUUGGGUCCGAAUAGGUGGAAACAUGUACUCGCCUAUAUCGAUGAUAUUAUUAUUUACUCACAAAAUUUUAAUGAACAUUUAAAACACAUUGAAGAAGUAUGUUCAUUAUUAAAGAAAGCAAAUUUUAAAUUAAAUGUUGAAAAAUGUGAAGUUGCAAGAACGGAAAUAUUAUUUCUUGGACAUGUAAUUAAAGCUGGUGGGUAA